UGAUUAUGUGUGUAGUUGUGAGUUGAAGCAGCUCAAAACAAGUGCGCUUGUUGCAUAUUUUCUUUCUACAAUUUUGCCAAAAUAACAAAGGAAUAACAAACAUUAAAUAGAAAAAAUUCGUUUUUUUAGAAAGAAGAAACGGUUGUGCAAAAGGUCCAAUAGAAUUAGCCGUUCAUUGUGUGUAGUCUACCGCAGUACAGUGUAUUCCAGUUUAGUGUUUUCGUAAACACCUUCAGUGUUGCCUUGAAUGCUUGUCAGCUAUUACGAUGCCGGCAAUAUGCUUGGGUACAUAAGCAAAUAUAACAUCAACAAUUCAGCACUUCUCUAUCACUGAUAGCUUCAUCGAAUUCCAACAUGAGCAACAGUAAUAGUGACAACGAAAACGAGGGAGGCCUUAAUUUGGCCGGUUUCCUGUUCGGUAAUGUCGAUGAACAUGGACACCUUGAUGGCGAUUUUCUUGACGAGGAAGCAAAGCAGCAACUUUCGUCGCUUUCCCGCAUGGGCCUAUCGUCGUUUCUGGCCGACGUACUGCAGGAUGACGAUGAGGAUAAACCGUCUCGUGCGUUCAGCGAUAGCGAUGAUUCGUCCUCCAGUGAUGACGAUCGAAGGCACCGUCGCUACGACGACGAUAGCGAUGGUACGAACUACAGAGUCAAAGCUGACUGUGCGGUAGAUUAUUCGGACAUAACAGAGCUUGCAGAAGAAUCGGCCGUUCCACAAACACCAGCGAUCAAGAAGGAAGAAACGGAUGCCGAUAAAGAUGAGGAGAUAAAGGACAUAAAAGUUGAAGACGAUGUAGAUGAUAUAGAAGCAGCUAUUCCUUGUACUCGCGUCGAAGCACGAACCGCUUCUGACCCAUCCACAGUCAAGGAAGAGAAUGCCAGUGGGAGCGGGGUGGACGAUAAAGAACUUAUGCCACCACCAACGGCACCGGUUAGUGGCGAUGGAACAGCCACAAACGCUUCACAAAGCCCAGAUGACGCUUCUAAAGAUAAACCGAAAAAGCUGGAAACUCCUCUAGCUGCAAUGUUACCAUCCAAGUAUCAGAAUGUGGACGUGCGCGAAUUCUUCCCCGAUUUUCGUCCAGACAAGGUGUUGCGUUUUUCACGCUUGUUUGGACCGGGCAAGCUUUCCAGUCUGCCACAGAUAUGGCGCAGUGUGAGACGGCGCCGUAACAAAAAAUCACAAUCAUCCUCACGGAAACCCCGCGACGGUUCGGACUCUACGUCAGAUUCUGACGAGCCAAGGCGACGACAAUAUUUCACACCAACGUAUGCACCACUGCCCCCGAAGGACAUGUGGGCAUCGGACGAUGAAGUGCGCUUUACCAGCCGUGAAGCGGACGAAGAAAAGGAAGUGAAAGACAAAGAAUCGGACAGCAAGGGUGAUUCGAAACCGAAGGUAGCCGAUUGGCGUUAUGGUCCGGCUCAGAAGUGGUAUGACAUGCUGGAUGUACCGGACACGGGAGAGGAUUUCAACUACGGCUUCAAACAAGCGGAUCCGGUCAAGCUGGAAGCAAUACCCAUGGUAACGUCUGUCACGGACAAAACCUUCCCGGACGAUGCGUUUCUGAUGGUGUCCCAGCUACACUGGGAAGACGAUGUCGUGUGGGACGGGAACGAUAUCAAGCACAAGGUGCUGCAAAAACUCAACUCAAAGGUAAACGCUGCCGGUUGGUUACCAUCGAGCGGUUCGCGAACGGCCGGUGCUUUUAGUCAACCGGGAAAAACUAUCCCGGCGUCACCAGCAAACACCGGCACGAAAUCAUCGUCCGCAAGUAAGCUGAGCAAAACGCAAAUGAUCAUCAAUGCGGCACAAAAGGCGCAAGAAGAAAAUGAGGACGCUUGGUACAGCAUUUUCCCGGUGGAGAACGAUGAGCUCGUCUACGACAAAUGGGAAGACGAUGUAAUAUGGGACGCGGAAGCGGUAACGAAGAUCCCGAAGCCAAAGGUGCUGACGCUUGAUGCAAACGAUGAGAACAUCAUUCUCUGCAUUCCGGACGAUAUUGAUCCGUCGAAAAUCGUGCGAAACACUGGUCCACAGCCGAAGGUAAAGAUUCCACAUCCGCACGUAAAGAAAUCGAAGAUUUUGCUGGGUAAGGCGGGUGUGAUUAAUGUGUUGGCAGAGGAUACACCACCACCGCCUCCCAAAAGUCCCGACCGUGAUCCGUACAACAUUUCCAACGAUGUGUACUACAUGGCCAAGUCGACUGAAGCGACGCUUAAAAUCAAGGUUGGUGGUGGCAAUUUGUUGCAGCACUCGACACCGACGGUAGAGCUGCGGGCACCGUUCGUCCCAACGCAUAUGGGACCGAUGAAGCUACGCAUGUUCCACCGACUGCCGAUGAAGAAGUACUCGUACGGUGCACUCGCUUCGGCCAAUCCGCAACCCGUACUGCCUCUACAGAAGCACAUCAAGAAAAAGGCUAAACAGCGCGAUCUGGAACGUAUUGCGUCUGGCGGUGGUGAUGUCUUCUUCAUGCGUACUCCCGAAGAUCUAACCGGUCGGGACGGUGAGCUGAUUCUGAUCGAGUUUUGUGAAGAACAUCCGCCACUGAUGAAUCAGGUCGGGAUGGCCUCGAAAAUUAAAAACUUCUACAAACGCAAAAUGGGUAAAGAUCCUGGUCCGCCCGAAUUCCGCUUCGGUGAGACGCAUUAUGCGCAUACAUCGCCUUUCCUUGGUAUUCUUCACCAUGGCCAUUGCAUUCAAGCGAUUGAGAAUAACAUGUACCGAGCGCCGAUCUAUCCGCAUACGAUCCAUGAAACGGAUUUUCUUGUAAUACGCACCCGUAACAGUUACUUUGUGCGCGAAGUGGACGCAUUGUUUACGGCCGGCCAGGAAUGUCCACUGUACGAGGUACCCGGACCAAACUCGAAGCGUGCGAACAAUUUCGUGCGCGACUUUUUGCAAGUGUUUAUCUAUCGGUUGUUCUGGAAGAGCAAGGACAAUCCGCGCAAGAUUCGAAUGGACGAUAUCAAGAAAGCGUUCCCGGCGCAUUCGGAGAGCAGCAUACGGAAGCGUUUGAAGCUGUGUGCAGACUUUAAGCGUACGGGUAUGGAUUCGAACUUUUGGGUCAUUAAACCCGAGUUUCGUUUGCCGUCGGAGGAAGAAAUACGAGCGAUGGUAUCGCCGGAACAGUGCUGUGCGUACUUUAGCAUGAUCGCCGCCGAACAGCGGCUUAAGGAUGCAGGCUACGGGGAAAAGUUUAUCUUCGCCCAACAGGAAGACGACGAUGAGGAGAUGCAGCUGAAGAUGGAUGAUGAGGUGAAGGUUGCACCGUGGAAUACGACCCGUGCCUACAUUCAGGCAAUGCGUGGCAAGUGCAUUCUGCAGCUGAAUGGACCGGCUGAUCCAACUGGAUGUGGUGAAGGUUUUUCCUACGUUCGAAUGCCCAACAAACCGACCCAACAAAAUAAAGAAGAAACGGAAAGCCAACCGAAACGCACCGUAACAGGAACGGACGCCGAUUUGCGCCGAUUGUCACUAAACAAUGCAAAAGCACUGUUGCGAAAAUUCCAAGUACCCGAAGAGGAAAUCAAGAAACUGUCCCGCUGGGAGGUGAUCGAUGUCGUGCGUACACUCUCGACCGAGAAAGCCAAAGCGGGCGAGGAAGGCAUGGACAAGUUUUCGCGUGGCAAUCGAUUCUCGAUCGCCGAACAUCAGGAGCGCUACAAGGAAGAAUGUCAACGCAUAUUCGAUCUACAGAACCGUGUGCUGGCGUCGUCCGAAGUUCUUUCCACAGAUGAAGGUGAAUCGACCGCAUCGGAAGAGUCCGAUCUGGAGGAGUUGGGCAAAAAUUUGGAAAACAUGCUAGCGAACAAGAAAACAUCCACCCAGCUCUCGCUCGAACGGGAAGAGCAGGAGCGUCAAGAGCUGCUGCGAAAGAUCAUGGAAGAGCAGGGUGGAUCGGGACAGAAGAAGAAAAAGGACGAGGAAGGAUUGAAGGACGAACAGCAGUCGAGUAUGGCGAAGAUAUUGAAAAUAACGCGCACAUUCAAGAAUGCCGAAGGACGCGAAUACACGCGUGUCGAGCUGGUGCGCCGUAGCCCGGUAAUUGAUGCGUAUGUGAAAAUUCGUACCACCAAGGACGAAGCUUUCAUUCGACAGUUUGCGACCCUCGAUGAGGCACAGAAGGAGGAAAUGAAACGGGAAAAGCGGCGCAUUCAGGAGCAAUUGCGACGCAUCAAGCGCAAUCAGCAAAAGAUCGGUUUGCAAAUGCAGAAUCCACAUAAUUCGGUUGGUACACCGAUCAGCCUUGGUGAUCGUGAAACAAACACUCCGAAACCAUUUUCAAACCGCUUGCUGGAUAUAUCGGGGCGCAAUCUCGACUCGUCCGGCACGGGCGGUGCAGCGUCAGGUAGCGGCAAUUUGUCUGGGCCAGGUAAGGAACACAGCCCAUCAUCAUCGUCCCGUCGAAAGGCCAAGAUCAAACCGGACUUGAAGCUGAAAUGUGGCGCUUGUGGGCAGGUUGGACAUAUGCGUACUAACAAAGCCUGUCCGCAGUACUCGGGCAUUAUGGCAACACCCUCGCUGAACGUGGCAAUGACCGAAGAGCAGGAAGAGGAGAUCGAGAAGGAGCUCAAUGCGGAUGAUGAAGGUGAUCUGGUGAACGUCGAUGGUACAAAGGUGAAGUUAAGCGGCAAACUGUUGAAACGCCACGAGGACGUAAAGCGGCGUACGUUGCUGCUGAAAGUGCCCAAAGAGGCGGUGGGUAAGAAGCGUCGCCGAGUGGGCGGUGAUUCCCACUGUGAUUAUCUGCAGCGACACAACAAAACAACGAACCGCCAGCGUACCGAUCCGGUCGUUGUGUUUUCGUCCGUGCUGGAACAAAUUCUGAACGAGUUGCGUGAUAUGCCGGAUGUACAGCCGUUCAUGUUUCCGGUCAACGCCAAACAGGUCGUCGACUACCAUCGCAUUGUGCAGAAACCGAUGGAUUUGCAAACUAUACGCGACAACAUACGGCAGAAGAAGUAUCAGAAUCGGGAAGAGUUUCUGAUAGACAUAAAUCAAAUCGUGGAGAACUCUUCGCUAUACAACGGUGCGAAGAGUUCGCUCACGGUUGCGGCCCAGCGCAUGCUGCAGAAGUGUAAGGAGCGUGUACAGGAACGCGAAGAGCGACUGGCGCGGCUAGAAAAGAGCAUCAAUCCACUGCUGGACGACGAUGAUCAAGUCGCAUUAUCGUACAUCCUGGGAGAGUACGUGAAUGGUCCACUGAAGGCGAUGCCCGAAAGUUGGCCAUUCCUGAAACCGGUCAACAAGCGGCUAGUGAAGGACUACUACACUAUCAUUCGACGUCCGAUGGAUCUGGAAAAGGUAUCGAAAAAGGUGGCCUCGCACAAUUAUCACUCGAGGGCCGAUUUUCUAGCCGAUUUACAACUAAUCGCGGAUAACAGCGAACAGUACAAUGGUGCUGAGGCGAACUUUACCAAACAAGCGCGCCAAAUGGUGGAAGCUACACGGUUGACACUGGACGGGAUGGAGCAUAACGUAGCGCAGCUGGAAAAGAAUAUUGCCCUAGUGCAGGAACGGGCUCGCAACGAGGAUGACGACAUGGACUGGGAGGACGACGAGCAGGAAAUGAAGGGUGGUCCGGGUGGUUCACGAGAAUCAUCGCCCGAUCUAGACGAUGGCGGUAACGAUAGUAAUCCUGAUCGGCCACCUUCUUCGACGGAUGCUUCCAGGGCUGCUCGGUCUGAAGCGAAGCGUGCUCGCGCGCGUCAACGAAAGGCCGCCAAGGGUGAUGAUUUUGCUGGACGACCGUACGGAUCGUCCUAUCCCGAAUCGGCUAUGCCAUUCCCAAUAGUUCGCCCGAAUGCUAAUCCGUCUUUCCAUCGGUCCGGGCCAAUGAUCGGUUCGAGCAUGGGCGGACUGAGUGGCUUUGUGUCCGGUACGGGAAUUUCUAGUGCAAUAUCUCGCAGCAGCAGUAGUACGGUGCCCGAAAACUCGCAAAUGAUGCAUCCCAAUGUGGCCGCUUCGGCUUACGAAAUGAACUGGAUGAAUUUGGGCGCCGAGAACUAUGACGAAAUGGCAGGACCUUCCGGUUAUGGAAGUGCCUCAAAUCAGUACGGAGCCGAAUAUGGUAGUGGCAGUGGAAUACCGAUCGGAUUGAAUGAAACACGCCCUUCGCCAAAUCCGGAAAGCUUUGCAAAUGACAAUCAGAAUCAAUUGUUUCAACCCUUACCUUUGGUCACUACUCAAAAACGAGAUCAUCAAUAUUCAACAGAUGAUGAAGAAUUUGAGGAAGUUGGAACAAGUGACAAUGAAGGUGUAUCUGUAACUCUGGAACAAUCGAACACCACCUCAAGCAUGAUGCCACCACAGAGCGAGGACGAUAGCCAGCAAGCAGCCGAAGCGAUGGUGCAGCUUAGCAGUGCACAAUACUACAACGCCGCGCAUGAAGAAUCGAUGGAGAUCGAUCCCAACUACGAUCCGAGCGAUUUCUUGGGAAUGUCAAACCGACAGCAAACACAAAUCGACACAGGUCGCAAUGAAGCCGGCAGCAACCAACCAUUGUCGGAAGCAAACUAUUCGAUCGAUCAAUCUAACCAACACAGCGAAUACUCGCAAGAAAGUGGACAGGACAGAGAGGGUGGUAAAGAUCAGCAGCUGCAGUUGCAACAACAACAGCAGUUUCAAGAUCAGCUCGAUACGAGUCAGACAGCGGACAGUGAAACCCAACAGCAACAACCGAAUACUCUUCCGGCACUUCAAACGCUGCACUCCGAUUUGGCAAUUUCCGAUAGUGAUGAUGAAAAGAGCAACUUACAAAUGGAUGAAGUACGCGAUGAAAACGAUGAUAAUGACGAAGGUGGUGAUCUUUGGUUCUAAACGAUGUACCAUGACCUUCUGGUGAGUUUACAGUAAGCUAGUUAAGUAUCGACUAACCAGGUUUAGCCUUGCAGUGGGAAAUUUAAUAUUCAAAUAAAAACUUGUUUUACCUCA